AUGAGCAACACCCGGGCCAGUUUCUACCGGCGACAGUCCCAGGGGAUGGCUCCGCCUCAGUCGGAGCAGGACAUAGCCGAGACCAUCAACUUCCUCCAGAUUCUCCGCUUCGACAUCAGUCGGGAAGAGCUUGAGCGACCCACGCCAAAAGUCAUGGCCGCGUUCAUGGAACACAUUGUCGAUCAGCUCGUGGGGUUGACGCCCGAAAUGAUCAGUGAACGGGUCCACGAGUUGUUCGCCGAUCGACCAGAGAUGAUUAGUGAGUGGGAGCCUAAGAUUCGCGAGACGGUGAUGUUCCACGCUUUCCACGAUUUACUCAGAUUAUCAAGAACUCCGGAAAUGACAGGAUUAACGAUUGCCAACAUCACCAAGCCUGACGUCGCUACGUUCAGAGCUAUUGUGAAUGCGGUGAUUGAGUUUGCUCAGUUCCGUGAUCAUCAGGGUGAUGUCAAUGAUAUUCUCGCCAGUAUGGAAGCAUCUACUGAUCGUGAUACUAAAGCCGAGGAGGAUCUAGUACAAGCCCAGGCGGAGUAUAACGAGAUCAACCGCAUCGUUCAGUCACAGUCGUCUGAUCUUGAUCAAUGUGAGCACUACAACUAUCUCUUGUCACAAGAGCUUUUGAAAGUCAAAGACACUGCUGAUGUUCUCGUGCAACAGUGUGAGGAUUUCAAGCGAGAUAAACGCAGUUUGACUAACGAUAUUCAGCUCAAACAGAAUGAGUUGGAGCAGCUUCUGCUUGACGUCCGUGAGCUUGAGUCUUACCAAAAUUUCGACCACGACGCUGAGUUGCGUGAGAUUGAGGCAUUGGAGGAAGAUAUCGCCCACUUGGAACAAGAAACCGCUGCAUUUUCGGAACAAAAGCAACGCUACAUCAGCAUGCAGAGACAACUUCAAAUCCCUCAAGCCCACUUCCAGAUUUUACUCAAUGAAGUGAACGAAUACCAGAAGCUUUAUGAAGAUGCUACUGAAGCCAAGCAGGAUAAUGCUCGCAGUCAAAGUGAUCUUCGCCGACUCGAGAACGAACUCCUACGAUUGAGAGAUCAGGCUGAGCGCCACGAAAAGCACCUUAAAUCGACUAAUGAAAAGUUGAACCGAUUCAAGGAGCAAUACGAACAACGAAAGCGCGACGACGAUGAACGCAGUCGCCAAGAAGAACGAGAACACAGCCGAGUGCUCGCGACACUUGACCAAGAGAAACUUGAAAUCGAGAAGCUUGAGCGAGAUACCGCCGAACUUGAGGCUAUCGCCAAUGACGAAAUGCACCUGCACAACCGGCAAUUGGGAGAAUUGGACAAUAUGCUCCUUAAACUUAUAAACGCCGUGAACAAUCAUUGGGUGCCGACAUCGGAAUCGUUUGAAAAGGCGGUGAAGGAGAUGGUGGCCGUGAACCCAUCCGAGCCGGUGGCCGUCACUACCGAUGACAACUGA